GCUAUAAGAUGUCUAUGACAAGUCUUCUCUUCCGGAAGUGGGAGAAGGGCGAGGAACAUGACUCUUAUGAGGACGUGGGGAAUCUAUUCCAAACUGUCCCCACCCCGUGCCCCCUCACCUGCCCCUUCCACUCCCGCAGCCACAUCAACUCCCUCGUAGACACCCACACUAAGGGCAGGCUGGCUAACCUGGUGCCUGAGGGGUGGCUGAUGGAGGAGAUGGAUCUGGUCGGGGUAAGCGGCAUGUACCUGCGGGGAUUCAGUCAGCCUGUGUUCUGGAGGUACGCCACAGUCUUCAGGGAGUUCUGGACGGGUCCGAAUAAGAGCAUCAGGGUUCCAAUGCUGCACACUCAGGCAGACUUCCUCACUUAUCGCCAUCCUGAACUGCGGGCGGGAUUCCUCGUUCUGCAUUACCCGGAGGGAAUGUUCCUGGUGGUUGUCGUGCCGGAAGAAGCAGAUGGUCUCCCACGUCUGGAGGCUGUUCUUACGCCUCAGCUGGUAAACCGCUCCCUCAACUUGACCAAGGCACGACGCACACUGCUGGCGAUCCCCAAAAUGAUCCUUGAUCAAACUCGCGACUACACAGAAAUUCUGGAACACGUGGGCGUGCGGACCCUCUGCGACCCCUCCUCCUCCGAGUUCUCCGGCGGAAAGAAGUGGCCUCGCCUGGAUCGUCUCAUUCACCGCGCUGUAAUGCCCCUCGACGAGCAGAAUCCCCUGGGCGAGACGGAGGAAGUGAGCGAAGUGAUGAAGCAGCCCGUGGUGCGCUUCCUGGUGGACCGCCCCUUCCACUGGCAGAUAAUACACCUUCACUCUACCGUCAUGUUGCUCCAGGGGACGCAGCGGCACAUGACGGACAGAGGCAGACUGAACACAGCCCUGGGAGUAGCUGGCGGGCUUGGGUUCACGGCUACCCAGUGA